AUGGCAUCUAAACGACCAGAACAUCAAGGUCCACCGGACAUUUUUUACAAUGAAGAAGAAGCCCGAAAAUAUUCGCAAAAUACACAUAUUAUCGAUGUACAAACGAAAUUAUCUGAACGUGCUAUUGAGUUACUCAAUUUACCCGACGAAGAAUCUUGUUUAGUACUCGAUAUUGGCUGUGGUUCUGGUUUAAGUGGAGAAGUACUAACUGAACUGGGCCAUCAAUGGUUUGGAUUAGAUAUAUCUACUGCAAUGUUAGAUGUAGCACAAGAACGAGAAGUUGAAGGUGAACUCGUCCUAGGCGAUAUUGGUUAUGGUAUGCCAUUCCGUGCAGGAUCGUUCGAUGGUGCGAUAAGUAUCUCAGCAUUACAAUGGUUAUGUCAAGCUGAUAAAAGUUGUCACAAUCCCGUGAAAAGAUUGUAUAAAUUCUUUUCAACACUCUACAGUUGUUUAGCUCGUGGAGCACGUGCGGUACUUCAGUUCUAUCCGGAAACACCUACCCAUGUUGAUAUGAUCACACAACAAGCAAUGAAAGCUGGCUUUACUGGUGGUCUCGUUGUUGACUAUCCCAAUAGUACUCGAGCGAAAAAGAUGUUUUUGUGUUUGUUUGCUGGUGGUCAAAUUCAACAACUACCGAAAGGACUUACUGGAGAAGAAGGUACCGAGGAUGUUCCAACACAAGCACGUUUCGAUAGAGAACGACAACGAUACAAAGAUCUUCGCGGUAAAUCAUUGAAGAAGAGUCGAACGUGGAUUUUGGAGAAAAAAGAUCGUUGGAGAAACAAAGGAAGAGAAGUACGACCAGAUUCAAAGUAUACGGCCCGCCGACGACCAAAACCGUUUUGA